AAAAACCCUAGAAAGAAUUGUAACUGGUAAGACUUUUUUGGUUCUGCUAAGUAUCACAUCAUCAUCUUCCUACCUAUAAAACCAGGUCUUCCCUUCUGACAUUUUCCUCAGCAAACUUCAAACGUUAAUUUCCAUCUGUUUCUGCUGUUUGUCUGAGAAUUUCACAAGAUACACAAAAGAAUCAGCUCUGAUCAGGAGGGAAAAGAUGGGAAGAGCACCAUGCUGUGACAAAGCUAAUGUGAAGAAAGGGCCAUGGUCUCCUGAAGAAGAUGCAAAACUCAAGGCUUAUAUCGAAAAAUACGGUACCGGUGGCAAUUGGAUUGCUCUUCCUCAGAAAAUUGGGCUAAAGAGAUGUGGGAAGAGUUGCAGGCUGAGAUGGCUCAAUUACUUGAGGCCUAACAUCAAGCAUGGUGGAUUUACUGAGGAAGAAGACAAUAUUAUCUGCAGCCUCUAUAUCAGUAUUGGAAGCAGGUGGUCCAUAAUUGCAGCCCAGCUGCCUGGAAGAACAGACAAUGACAUCAAGAACUACUGGAACACCAGGCUGAAGAAAAAACUGCUCGGCAGGCGCAAACAGGCGAACGCGAAUAGACUCUCGGCUCCAGGCCAGGAGCCAAAGGAUGCAAGUGAUGAAGAAAACAGCUGUGAUUUGCAAAACCUGAGCAGUUCAGCCCUGGAAAGGCUUCAGCUCCACAUGCACCUUCAGGGCCUCCAAAAUCCCCUCUCCUUUUACAAUGAUCCAGCAAUUUGGCCCAAGAAGAUGAUCCAAACCCUCCACUCUCAGAAUCAAAACAAUGAUCUAAUGCAUCAAAUCUCCUCCAUCACUGAUCAGGUGGCUGCUGAGCAAGAUUAUAAUAAUAGCCCCCUGAUGAAAAUGGAUGAGAUUGAAAAUUCUAUCAAUGGUUUUUCAUCUUCAGAAAGCUCAUUUGGCCUGAACCCUGAUCAAAGCGAUUUCCUUGAACCAGAGCAAAACACCGGAAUCCAGCUUAGUUCAGGUUUUGCUCAAGCUGAACUUGAUCAAUACUUUCCGACAGAGUUGGAUGGAUCAAGGGACAACCUUGGGUGGUGGUCUAAUGAUGGAUUCGAUGUUAGUUCAGCAUCAUUAAACUCGUGGAACUCAGCAGCUAUGCUUCAUGAUCAGACGUCUGAAUACAUGUACCAAGAUUAUGUGAUGGCAUCAUAUAAUUUGCACCAAUGAGAAAAUAUUACAAGACAUAUGUAUGUGAGGAUCUGUAGGAGAUGAUCAUUUGUUUCUUCAUAAAAAGGAGGAGAGCUAUUGCUUAUGUUGUAAAUUGUGUGAAUAAUGUUAAUUAUAAUGUCAAUCGUGCAUGUCCAUUUUCAUAUUCAGACUUGAGUUUUUGUAUACUU